GCCAUCAGCAGGCGGUGAUGAAGGGUUGAAGAACAUAAGCAGGGGCCAGGGCCCGGAGAGGCCUGACAGCAGGACGGGAGGGAGGAUGCGCAGGGCCGUCCUGAGCUGCCCGCACGUCCGAGCUCUGCCCACGGGCCGUGCGCGGAGCCUUCUCUGGUUUGUAAUUCAUGGCAACGGUUCUGUGCUCGCUUGCAAAGAACGAAUGGAAAGAAACGAUCCCGGGAAGGUUCUAUUCACGCGUAACGUCUCAAGAGAUAAGCAGCAGUUUUUCUGCAAGAACAGUAAUAAUUCCUGGGGGUAGUAGCCACUAUUUCUCUUGGACGCCAGCGAACAGGGAAGAGGGGGGCAUUCGUUUUAAAACCUGUGCCUGGAGGGAGCUUCCCAUGUGAAUCCAGAGGCCUUGGAGGUGAGGCCCCCUCGGCAGGGCCCUCGCCCUUGCAUCACACGCCUGUGAAAACGGUAGAUAAGGAUUUUUCUCGGCGACCUCCUCGCCCCUCCAGUGGGAAUGCCUUUGACCCAGAGUCCUGCUGGUUAUCUCCACACGCAGAAAAUACCACAAACCGGUUAAUUCACAACUUCUUUCUCCUUCUUCCCUAAGUUUCGUGCUUUUUCCUCUCUGUCUGUUCUCGUUUCUUGAAAGGGUAUUUUUAGUCCCAAAGGGGAUCUGCCUGAAUGUCCUUAACGUUUUCUGUUCGUUUUUCCAUCGUUUUGGUCUGAGCUCCAAGAUUACAGUGUCGAUUACGCCGCAAGGAAAUUUCACCCUGUUUUACUCCAGCCUUUUAAGUGGCAGAGAGAAAUAACAGCAUGGCCCCCUAGAAUUACCAGGGAUUUUCUGGACCUCACACCACUGAGGGCAGACAUGCGGGGGAUGCAGGGACGGGACCUCCUCACACAGCUGGGCCGCGGCCCGGACUGGUCCCUCAUUCUGGGGCCCGGGCGAGGACAGCCUUGCCUUGCAGAAGUCUGCUCUGAUGAGGAAAGGCUCAUGAGCGUGUGUGAGUGUGCGUGCGAGCAUGUGACUCUGUGUCUGUGUACGCGAGACGGUAUGUGUGUGUGCACAUAUGCGUGAGCGUGACUGUAUGCAUAUAGGAGACAGUGUGUGUGUGACUGUGUAUGCGAGAGUAUGUGUGUCUGUGUGAAAGUGUGUAUGCAAGUGUGAGUGUAUGUACAUGUCUCUGUGAGGGUGCGUAUCCAUAUGUGUGUGUAUCUGAGUGAAGCUGUAUAGAAGUACGUGGGUAUGUAUGUGUGAGUGUGUGUGUGUAUGUGUAGAGGUCUGUGUGUGUGUCUGUGUGAGAAUAUGUGUGCCUGUGUAUGAGCGUGUAUGUGUAAGCGUGUGUGAGUCUGUGUAUGUGAGAAUGUGUGCGUGUAAGACUUUGUGUGUAUGGGGGUGUAUAUGUAUGUGUGUAUAUAUAGUGAGUGUAUACAUGUCCAGGUGAGAGCAUUAUCUGUGCAUAUGUGGGUGGGUGUGUAUAUGUUUGUGUGUCUGUGAGUGUGUGUGUAGAGUGUGUAUAUGCAUGUGCGCAUGUGUGUGUGUGUGUGAGAAUAUGCGUUUGUGUGAAUGUAUGUGAGUGCAUCUGUGUGUGAAAGUCUGUGUCUGUGUUUGUGUCUUUGUGUAAGUAUGUAUGUCUGUGUGUGUGCAUCUGUGUGUGAGUCUCUGUAUGAGUGUGUGCAUAUGCAUGUGUGUGUUUGAGAGUCUGUAACUGUGUGCAUAUAUGUGUGAGAGCAUGUAUCUGGGAGCAUGUGUGUGUCUGUGAGUGUGUCUGCGUACGUGUGUGUGUGUGAGUCGAUGUGUAUCUGUGAGUGUGCAUGUCUGUAUGUGUGUGUGAGUCUGUGUCUGUGUAUAAGUGUGUGUGUAUCUGUGUAUAUAUGUGUGUGUGAGUCUGUAUGUAUUUAUGAGUGUGCAUGUGUGUGUCUGUGUACAUGUGUGUGUGUGAGUGUGCAUGUGUGUGUGUGAGUGUGUAUAAGUGUGUGUGAGUCUGUGUGUAUUUGAGUGUUCAUGUGUGUGUCUGUGUAUAUGUGUGUGUCUGUGUGUAUCUGAGUGUCCAUGUCUGUGUCUAUGUGUGUGUGAGUGUGUAUAAGUGUGCGUGAGUCUGUGUAUAACGUGUGUGUGGAUGUGUCUGUGAGUGUGUGUCCGUGUGAGAGUCUGCCUCUGUGCGCCUGGGCGUGUGAGUGUGAGAGUCUGUGCCUCUGAGUGUGCAUCUGUGCAUACGUGUGUGUGCGCCUGGCCCAGCCACCGAAUGCAAUUCCUGACUCCUGCUUCCCUUUCUGUCACUUCUCCGUAAGUGUCCGCAUUUCGGUUGGCCUGGUGUCUCGCGGUGGCUUCCUCUUUUCCUGCAUCCCUAUAUUUCAUUAUUCGCCCUUGUUCCUCUUCUAGGCACUUACAAUUCAGCCAGGAGGAUGUGGAAACCCAGUUACAAUAUGACACAUGCCUCCGUGUCACAAUCGCACUCUCGGGCCCUGCCUCCUGGAGGCAUCUGGACGGGGGCAGAGGGGGGAGGAGGGGAGCUGGUGUGGACAGAGGGCCGGACAGAAUGCAGAAGUUGGGGCUUCUGGAAACCCGAGGGCCGGCGAUCGCUGGGAUGGUUUUCCUCGGAAGCCUGGAGUUUCCCAUCCGCGGCCGUAUUCCAGCUGGGGCCUGAGGCCGCGAGCCUGCAGCCGGUAAUGUUAAAGUAGAGGCUCAGAGUGAUGAAGAGAAUGGGCGGGCCUGUGAAGUGAAUGGGGAAGAAUGUGCGGAGGAUUUACGAGUGCUUGAUGCCGCGGGAGAGAAAAUGAAUGGCCCCCACAGUGGCCAAGGCAGCAGAGCUCUGUCAGGAGCUGGAGGCAUUCGACUUCCUAACGGCAAACUAAAGUGUGAUGUCUGUGGGAUAAUUUGCAUCGGCCCCAAUGUGCUCAUGGUCCACAAAAGAAGCCACACUGGCGAGCGGCCUUUCCAGUGCAACCAGUGCGGGGCCUCGUUCACGCAGAAGGGCAACCUGCUUCGGCACAUCAAGCUGCACUCUGGGGAGAAGCCCUUUAAGUGUCAUCUCUGCAAUUACGCGUGCCGCCGGCGGGAUGCCCUCACUGGCCACCUGAGGACACACUCCGUUGGUAAACCUCACAAAUGUGGAUAUUGUGGCCGAAGCUAUAAACAGCGAAGCUCUUUAGAGGAACAUAAAGAGCGUUGCCACAACUACUUGCAAAGCAUGGGCCUUCCAGGCACGCUGUACCCAGUCAUUAAAGAAGAAGCUAAUCACAGUGAGAUGGCAGAAGAUCUGUGCAAGAUAGGAUCAGAGAGAUCCCUCGUGCUGGACAGACUAGCAAGUAACGUCGCCAAACGUAAGAGCUCUAUGCCUCAGAAAUUUGUUGGGGACAAGUGUCUGUCGGACAUGCCGUACGACGGCGGCGCCAGCUACGAGAAGGAAAACGAGAUGAUGCAGACCCACGUGAUGGACCAAGCCAUCAACAACGCCAUCAGCUACCUGGGGGCCGAGUCCCUGCGCCCGCUGGUGCAGACGCCCCCGGGCAGCUCGGAGGUCGUCCCGGGCAUCAGCCCCAUGUACCAGCUCCACAAGCCCCACGCGGAGGGCCCCCCGCGGUCCAACCACGCGGCCCAGGACAGCGCCGUGGAGAACCUACUGCUGCUCUCCAAGGCCAAGUCCGUGUCCUCCGAGAGGGAGGCGUCCCCGAACAACAGCUGCCAAGACUCGACGGACACCGAGAGCAACGCCGAGGAGCAGCGGGGCGGCCUCAUCUACCUGACCAACCACAUCACGCCCCACGCGCGCAACGGCCUGUCCAUCAAGGAGGAGCACGCAGCCUACGACGUGCUGCGGGCGGCCUCCGACGGCUCCCAGGACGCCUGCCGCGUGAUCGGUGCGGGCGGGGAGCCCAUGAAGGUGUACAAGUGCGAACACUGCAGGGUGCUCUUCCUGGACCACGUCAUGUACACUAUCCACAUGGGCUGUCACGGCUUCCGUGAUCCUUUUGAGUGCAACAUGUGCGGCUACCACAGCCAGGACCGCUACGAGUUCUCGUCCCACAUCACCCGGGGCGAGCACCGCUUCCACAUGAGCUAAACCCCGCGCGCGGCCGCCGGCCCGCAGAGGAAGCACGCGGGGGUGGGGGGAGGGGGGGUGGCCAGGCCCUCCCCUCCCGCCAGCAGCACGGACUGGACCAGAACCUUGUGCUUUUGAUUUCUCGGUGGUUCUCUUGUUUUGUUUUGUAGUUUUCAAUCGGUUGGGGUUUGAUUUGCUUUGGAACACGAGGCGAUUUUUUUUUAUGGUUAGUUGCAGGGUUACGUUUGGAGCAACCCCCCCCAAACCGCUCUCUUCCUAGAUGUUUGCCAUAGAACUGCGAGCUGAAGUCCCCUCUAGCUGUGGCUUCCUGGAAGCCCCCCGCCCGCCCCCCUCCGCAAGACUCAUCACUUUCAGAGAAAGUUUGAUACAAACAGGUCAGAGCCCAGGAAGGAAUGAGCCGGGGAGCAGACCUCCAGGCGCCCCCCUCCCAACGCAGCAGGGUCUAGAAACCCAAGUCAUAGCUUCUGGCCGUGUGCGUCUAGGGCUGGAGGCCUGCAGUUUCUAAGAGAUGUUGUAAGUCACAGCCCGCACAAAAGGCAAAUUGUUGGAGGAAAGUUGGACUCCUCGGGCAAAGGGAGGGGCCAGAGAGCCUGUUGGUCUGGUUCUCAAUUUCAAAACCGAGGUAGCCUUCCAGGGCUGGCGGGCGAGAAGAGUCUGAACACUGUAUUCCUGGAGGCAGGUGUGGAGACCCCUGCCCUCUGCCUACUCCAGUCCGUGCCUUUCAUGGCCCAGAGUCUAUCACUAUGUUUCUAACAUCCAUCCCAAAACUUGGACCUUACUUCCUCUGAACCUCUCAAAGGGUCAAAUUACCACGAAACCAAUGCUUGAUUCCAAAUUCUACACCCGUUGCUUCCCUGGCUGGUUCCCCUGACAGGCAGAAGCCUGCCUUUCCUUCAGAGGCCCAACCUAGACCCCACUUCAACUAUGUCGUUUUGUUUGUCGGUAAGUUUCUUUCCCUGCCCUCAUUCUGCAUCAUUCAGGUUUUAAAAUCCACGAAAGCAGGGUUCAGGAUGGUCAUUAAUUUUCAGAGCAAGGGAACGUGACAGGCAAGGCCCAGGAGACGUCGUUCAUACACAGGACCCACGCCUUGGAAACCAAACUUUGAAACAGCCUGAGACUCCCCCGUGAGGACAGAGCAGUCCCUGUGUGCCUGCACAUGGACAUGAUGUGUGGCCCCGCGUCCCCUCUCCCUGGGAAUGCGGAACGGUCGGGAGCGAUCGCAUAACCAGCCAGCGGGAUCUGACGGGAAAGAGGCAGGUGGUGGCAGAGGGAGAACCUUCCUCAGGCAUGACGGGAGCCCCGCUGAGGUGUUUGGUGAUUCGGAUGCCAACCCAGAGGGGUCACCCUCAAGGUUCAUCCUGUCGUUAAGGAUAAUGACCCCAGUCACCUAGGCAAAUGAGAGCACACAGUUUCACACCUUUACGUGUCUUCGCCAAAACUGAGCCAAGGUGAACACAGGGAAAAAGAAAA